GGGGCAGCACCCCUUCGCCUAGGGAGCGCGACUGCAUCCAACGGAGGAUACCCAGAGCAGAACCGGGCGGGGCCCGGGAAGCGCGCUCCUCCGUGCAGCUGGGGAAAUGGAGCGGGGACGUCGCUACUGCUGCUGGAUAACGCGCUUACUCUCGUGUGUGUGGCUGCCAGUAUGAAGCUGAAAAAGCAGGUGACAGUGUGUGGGGCUGCUAUCUUCUGUGUGGCUGUCUUCUCGCUCUAUCUCAUGCUGGACCGAGUGCAGCAUGAUCCUGCUCGACACCAGAACGGUGGCAACUUCCCCCGGAGCCAAAUUUCUGUGCUGCAGAACCGCAUUGAGCAGCUGGAGCAGCUGUUAGAGGAGAACCAUGAGAUCAUCAGCCACAUCAAGGACUCUGUGCUGGAGCUGACAGCCAACGCCGAGGGCCCGCCCGCCCUGCUGCCCUACUACACAGCCAAUGGCUCCUGGGUGGUGCCGCCAGAACCCCGGCCCAGCUUCUUCUCUAUCUCCCCUCAGGACUGCCAGUUUGCUUUGGGGGGCCGGGGCCAGAAGCCAGAGCUGCAGAUGCUGACUAUAUCGGAGGAGUUGCCGUUUGACAAUGUGGACGGUGGCGUGUGGAAGCAAGGCUUCGACAUCUCCUACAGCCCACACGACUGGGAUGCUGAAGACCUGCAGGUGUUUGUGGUGCCCCACUCUCACAACGACCCAGGCUGGAUCAAGACCUUUGACAAGUACUACACGGAGCAGACCCAGCACAUCCUCAACAGCAUGGUGUCCAAGCUGCAGGAGGACCCCCGGCGGCGCUUUCUCUGGGCAGAAGUCUCCUUCUUUGCCAAGUGGUGGGACAACAUCAAUGCCCAAAAGAGAGCGGCAGUGCGAAGGCUGGUGGGAAAUGGGCAGCUGGAGAUUGCAACGGGAGGCUGGGUCAUGCCGGAUGAGGCCAACUCCCAUUACUUUGCGCUGAUCGAUCAGCUCAUCGAGGGCCACCAGUGGCUGGAGAGAAACCUUGGUGUGACCCCACGUUCGGGCUGGGCCGUGGACCCCUUUGGAUACAGCCCCACCAUGCCUUACCUGCUUCGCCGCGCCAACCUGACCAGCAUGCUGAUUCAGAGGGUGCAUUAUGCCAUCAAGAAGCACUUUGCUGCCACCCACAGCCUGGAGUUCAUGUGGAGGCAGACCUGGGACUCAGACUCCAGCACAGACAUCUUCUGCCACAUGAUGCCCUUCUACAGCUAUGACAUUCCCCAUACCUGUGGCCCGGAUCCCAAGAUCUGCUGCCAGUUUGAUUUCAAACGUCUGCCUGGCGGGCGCAUCAACUGCCCCUGGAAGGUGCCGCCCCGGGCCAUCACGGAGGCAAACGUGGCCGAGAGGGCAGCCCUGCUCCUGGACCAGUACCGCAAGAAGUCCCGGCUGUUCCGAAGCAACGUCCUCCUGGUGCCGCUGGGCGACGACUUCCGGUACGACAAGCCCCAGGAAUGGGAUGCCCAGUUCUUCAACUACCAGCGGCUCUUUGACUUCCUCAACAGCAAGCCUGACCUCCACGUGCAGGCCCAGUUUGGCACCGUCUCUGACUAUUUUGACGCUCUGUACAAGAGGACGGGGGUGGAGCCAGGGGCCCGGCCUCCGGGGUUUCCUGUGCUGAGCGGGGACUUCUUCUCCUACGCGGACCGGGAGGACCACUACUGGACGGGCUAUUACACUUCCCGGCCUUUCUACAAGAGCCUGGACCGCGUCCUCGAAGCACAUCUGCGGGGGGCAGAGAUUCUGUAUAGCCUGGCUGUGGCUCACGCUCGCCGCUCUGGACUGGCCAGCCAGUACCCGCUCUCGAACUUCGCCCUUCUGACGGAGGCUCGGCGCACGCUGGGGCUCUUCCAGCACCACGACGCCAUCACCGGCACUGCCAAGGAGGCGGUUGUGGUGGACUAUGGGGUCAGGCUUCUGCGCUCCCUUGUCAGCCUGAAGCAGGUCAUCAUUAAUGCAGCUCACUAUCUGGUGCUGGGGGACAAGGAGACCUACCACUUUGACCCUGAGGCGCCCUUCCUCCAAAUGGAUGACACCCGCUUGAAUCAUGACGCCCUGCCAGAGCGCACGGUGAUCCAGCUGGAUUCCUCACCCAGGUAUGUUGUGCUGUUCAACCCGCUGGAACAGGAGCGGCUCAGCGUGGUGUCCCUGCUGGUCAGCUCGCCCCGGGUGCGUGUCCUUUCGGAGGAGGGUCAGCCCCUGGCUGUGCAGAUCAGCGCCCACUGGAGCUCUGCCACUGACAUGGUCCCCGACGUCUACCAGGUGUCUGUGCCCGUGCGCCUGCUGGCCCUGGGCCUCGGCGUGUUGCAGCUGCAGCUGGGCCUGGACGGGCACCGCACCCUGCCCUCCUCUGUGCGCGUCUACCUGCAUGGCCGGCCGCUGUCCGUCAGCAGGCAUGAGGCAUUCCCUCUCCGCGUCAUUGACUCUGGCACCAGUGACUUCGCGCUCAGCAACCGCUACAUGCAGGUCUGGUUUUCAGGCCUCACUGGGCUCCUCAAGAGCAUCCGAAGGCUGGACGAGGAGCGGGAGCGCCGGGUGGACAUGGAGUUCCUCGUCUACGGCACGCGCACGUCCAAAGACAAGAGUGGAGCCUACCUCUUCCUGCCUGACGGCGAGGCCCAGCCCUACGUCCCCAAGGAUCAUCCCGUGCUGCGUGUCACCGAAGGCCCUUUCUUCUCGGAGGUGGUCGCCUACUACGAGCACGUCCACCAGGUGGUCCGGCUCUAUAAUCUGCCAGGGGUGGAGGGGCUGUCUCUGGACAUGUCAUCUCUGGUGGACAUCCGGGACUAUGUCAACAAGGAGCUGGCCCUGCGCAUCCGCACAGACAUUGACAGCCAGGGCACCUUCUUCACGGACCUCAAUGGCUUUCAGGUGCAGCCCCGGCGGUAUCUGAAGAAGCUGCCCCUGCAGGCCAACUUCUACCCCAUGCCCGUCAUGGCCUACAUCCAGGACGCACAGAACCGCCUCACGCUGCACACCGCCCAGGCACUGGGCGUCUCCAGCCUCCACGAUGGGCCUGUGGUGGCUUCUUCCUCAAACGAUGCUGUCUGCUUGGGGCUGGAGUGGCAGGCCGGGGGCUCACAGUUACCUUCCCCAGGCCAGCUGGAGGUGAUCUUGGACCGGCGGCUAAUGCAGGAUGACAACCGGGGCCUCGGCCAAGGGCUCAAGGACAAUAAGAGAACCCGCAACCAUUUCCGCCUCCUGUUGGAACGGCGAACCCUGGGCAGUGAGGUCCCAGAUAGCCACUCCACCAGCUACCCAUCCCUCCUCAGCCACCUGACCUCCAUGUACCUGAACACCCCAGCGCUGGCCCUGCCUGUGGCCAAGAGGCAGCUCCCGGCCCCUGGCCUGCGCUCCUUCCAUCCUCUGGCUUCCUCGCUGCCCUGUGACUUCCACCUGGUCAACCUGCGUACGCUCCAGGCUGAGGAGGAUGCUUUGCCCUCGGCAGAGACUGCCCUCAUCUUACACCGCAAGGGGUUUGACUGUGGUCUUGAGGCCAAGAACCUGGGCUUCAACUGUACCACAAGCCAAGGCAAGGUGGCCCUGGGGAGCCUUUUCCAUGGCCUGGACGUGGGUUUCCUGCAGCCAACCUCCUUGACAUUACUGUACCCUCUGGCCUCGCCCUCCAACAGCACUGACAUCUAUCUGGAGCCCAUGGAGAUCGCCACCUUUCGCCUGCGCUUGGGCUAGGGCUUCUCGUGGCCUGCAGAGAGAGUUCAUCCACAGAGACUGCUUCUUGACACAGGUCGGGUUGGAUGAGCCAUACUGGGUAUCCCGUCCCCAUCUACCUCUCAGAACUGUGACAGCCUGGGCCCUGCUCUCAUCUUCUGUUUAUUGUUGCUUCUGUGCUCGGGGGCAACCCACCAGCCCGGCGCUGGGUAGACAGGGCAGAUGCUGGUGAGAUGCAGGAGAGGAGGCCCUUGGUCAGAGUGGGCAGGGCCGGCCUCUGCCGUGGGUUGUGAGCGGCCGCCCAGUUGGGCACAGGCUCAGGCACCCAUCCUUUUCCCAAAGUGGCAUGGAGGAGAAGCAAGGGCAGAAGAGGCAGGAGGGGCUGACUGCAUGAGAGCCCAGCAUCGGGGGCACUGUGGGCGAGAGCUGGCUCCAGGGGUCCUCUGGUUAUGUAGGGACUGCGUCUCUCGCUGUGAUGAGCAGGAGCAGAGUGACGGCGGGGAGGCGGGAACGGGACCCAGAGUUAGCAGUGGGGUGGAGGAGAAGGAGUUGCUGCUUUCUGUGAUGGCUCCACUCUAAGUGCUCCCUGGCCUGCACGCCCUGACUGGGGGCUCAGGAAGUGUGGCAGGAAGGACUCCUCAGAGACUCUGUCAUGGCCAGAGGUCAUAUGACGCUUCAGGUACCAAAACCCCCAUCUCAAACUGGGCACUUGGUCUGUGUGUUGAUUUGUGGGAUGAUGGCAGGAGCCUGGGGGGUCCUCCACCCUACCGACUCCCCUUUGGUUCCUGCACUCUGCACCACUGCCCCUGGAAGCUGCUUCCUAUCGUGGGGCGUUGGGUCUGGCACAGGCAACCCGAGAGCUCUCGCCACCGCCCUGCAGUCCAGCCCUGAAGCUUCACCUUCGGGACGUCCUUCUACGGAAGCAUUCGAUUCCUCGCCCAGGACUAGGGGUGUGCAGAGUAAGUUAGGGGGCCGUGUGGCUGCUCCUCAGCCUUCAUUUCAGCUUCACUUAAUAGAGAAGAAUCUGUGAUAAUCCUUUAGAUGCUGAAACAAUACUUGGUAAAAUUUAAAAUCUAUCCCUUAUUAAAACUCUUCCUAAAUUAAGGUUAGAAGGAAACAUCCUAAUCUACAUAAAGGUCUCUAUUAAACCAGCAGUUAAUGGCAUUUUAAAGAGCCAGACACCACAGGCGUUCCCAAUGAAGUCAGAAGCUAGCGAAGGACAUACCCUUAUAAUUUAGUGAUGUCCUGGCCCCACUGACCCCUGCAGUGUGACAGAUGAGGGAGAGGAGGAAGAGUAGACGGAGGAAUGGCCAACCUAUAAAAUCUAAGAGAAUGAACUUAUAAAACCUGUUAAGAACAUUCUGUCAGUUGACCCAAAUGAUCCAAUAUCGUGUUGCUCUAAAGAUUUUGACCCUCCCCAGAUCAGCCCAUAAACUCAGUGUAACUCCAGUGAGGUCGGAUGCUUUUUGGAAUCUGACAGGUUCUGAGGUUCAUCUGGAAGGGGAAGUGCGUGAGAACACUAAGAGAAUUCUGAGUGGCCAUGGGCCGGGGGUGGUGCCGACUUGUCCUGCAGGGUUUCCCGAAGGACUCUCGGGCCAUCCCACAUUCAGUCAUGUGACCUGGAGCAGAAUCAGACAAAAGCCUGAGGGCCAGAGGGAGAGCCCAGGUAUCCGGGAAUUUAGUACAGGAUAAAGGAGUAUUUUAAGUAGGGGGGGAAGAUGGGUUAUUUUUAAUAAAUAGUACUUUAAGACCAUUGGCUCUCUAUUAAACUAAGAGAUUUCUACCUCACCGUUUCCACAAAAAUUAGUUCCUGAGGGAAAAACACAAAGUUAAACUACAAAAUUACUGAAGAAAUAUAGGAUAUUUUUAUACCUCUGGGGUGGGAAGUUCUGUUCUAAAACAUAACGUGAAACCUAAAAGAUACAUAGUAAGGGAAAAGAUAAACAGAUUUCACCACAAAAAAAUACUGAGAGUUUCUGCGUGAUGGAAAACAUCAAGGUUAAAACACAAAUGAUAGACUUGGGAGAAAUUAUCUGCAGCACUUAAAAAAUUGGUGAGUAUAAUGACUAGGAGAAAAGCUUGCUUUGGGUCCUUAGAGAAAGUCACUGGGGCCUUCUAAGCAGCUACCUAAAGACUCAAGAGUGACACGGCUGAGUUCUUGCAGAUCAUUCAGGGUCGUCGCUGCCGGCAUCAGGCCAGGGCACAUGGAAUCCCGUCUGUAUCAUAGUGGAAGAAACAAGCUGAUCAGUGUGAAGUGCUUAGUGCCUGGUACAUAUGAGAGCUCAAUAAAUAUGAGCCAGAAUCAUUUUAGUAAAGGAUGCUAAGCAAUUACAUGAUAGCAGGUGUUAUUUGCUAGUAUAAUUUGUAAUCAAAUGGUAAGGAGGAAUCUGUGAGCCUCCUAGGAAAUUAGCAGAAUAAAGGCUCUUAUCUCUGGA